CCAUUUUAGUGCAUCUUUUGGAUACAGAUGGAGGGAUAAGCUAGUCAAUAUGACCAUGGUGGAUAUAUAUUUCAGUUAUAGCAUUUAGCUGUGACAAAAGUCACUCUAGGAGGGCAAAAUGAAUAAGAAAAGACACUUUCUGGAGCCUCCAGAGGUCAAAGACUACCUGGUCAAAGGAGAAAGAUUUACCAAGUGGUCGGAGGACUCCACAAAGACUGUUCCUGUCACCAUGAAGAUGGAUCCGAAAGGUUUUUACGUCUACUGGAUCAACCAAAGCAAGGAGACAACGUUCCUGGAUGUUGCUACUGUCAGAGAUACCAGAACAGGAAAAUAUGCAAAACUUCCCAAACACACCAAGGUUCGCAACGUGUUCAACAUGGACUUCCCAGACAGCAACCAUCUCGCCAAAACUCUGACCAUCAUCACAGGUCCCGACACAGUGAAUCUGACCUAUCAUAACUUCUUUGCCUCAAAGGAGAAAGUGACACAGAACUGGGCAAAUGACAUUCUUAUGAUCGCCUACAACGCUGCAAGAAACAAUGCAUGCAGACACGUCUUCCUGGAGAAAAUGUACGUCCGCAUUUCUCUUCACGCCAACAAGGACGGCAAGAUCGCAGUGAAAAAUAUUUACAAGAUGUUCCCUGCGGAUAAGAAGAGGGUGGAAAGUGCCUUAGCAUCAGCACACCUCCCUAAAGGAAAGCAUGACACCAUGAAGCCUGACGUCUUUACUGAGACUGCCUUCAAGGCCUUUCUGGCAAACCUCUGCCCUCGGCCUGAGAUCUAUGAGAUCUUCACUUGUUACUCCAACAAACCCACCAUGACGAAGGAGAAUUUCACCAAGUUCCUCAACGAGAAACAGAGGGACUCUCGGCUCAACGAGGAGCUGUUUCCACGUCUGCGGCAGGACCAGAUCAAAGCUCUGAUGGACAAAUAUGAACCCUUCUCCUCUAAUUCAAACAGAAAUCUGAUUUCUCCUGAGGGUCUCUUAUUCUUCCUGAUGGGGCCGGAGACGUCUGUUGUCAUGCAGGACACGCUGGCCAGGUCUCAUGACAUGGCCCAACCUAUACCCCACUACUUCAUCAAGUCCUCCCACAACACGUACCUGACAGCCGGUCAGUUCUCCGGCGUGUCCUCUCCGGAGAUGUACCGUCAAUGUCUGCUGUCCGGCUGCCGCUGUCUGGAGCUGGACUGCUGGAAGGGCAAACCUCCAGAUGAAGAGCCCAUCAUUACCCACGGCUUCACCAUGACAACUGAGAUCCUCUUCAAGGAUGUGAUUGAGGCCAUCGCUGAGAGCGCCUUCAAGACAUCACCGUAUCCCAUCAUCCUCUCAUUCGAGAACCACGUCGACUCAGUGAAACAGCAGGAGAAGAUGGCCAACUACUGCAAAACCAUAUUUGGCGAUGCCCUGCUGACAGAUCCGCUGGACAAAUACCCUCUGAAGCCGGGCCAGCAGAUCCCCAGCCCAUCUGAGCUCAUGGGUAAAAUCCUCAUCAAGAACAAGAAGGGCAGCCACGAAAAGCCGACCCAGACUAAAAAACCCAGCACUGCAGUCACUGACCAGACCACAACCACAGCUGCACCCACCCAGGACCCAAACACCACUCCCCAGGAUCCUGCCAACCCAGCACCCAGCACCCAGGAGAACCAAGAGGGGGACGCAGCUGUGGGGGACGCAGCUGUGGAGGACACCGAGGAGCAAGAGGAGACAGAGGAACAGGACGAGGAGAAAAUGAAGACAUCAGAUGAGGGAACAGCUGGACAAGAAGUCACAUCCUAUGAGGCGAUGUCAUCCAUCGUCAACUACAUCCAGCCCACCAAAUUCAUCUCUUUUGACAAUGCCAGAAAGAAAGACAAGAGUUACGUCAUCUCAUCUUUUGUGGAGACCAGAGGGGAGGCAAUGAUUUCCAAGACUGCUGUUGAAUUUGUCGAAUACAAUAAGAGGCAGAUGAGCCGGAUUUACCCCAAAGGAACAAGAAUGGACUCAUCCAACUACAGCCCCCAGCCUUUUUGGAACGUAGGCAGCCAGAUGGUGGCGCUCAACUACCAGACGAUGGAUUUCCCCAUGCAGCUGAACAUGGCUCUGUUUGAAUUCAAUGGCAGAACGGGCUACCUGCUCAAGCACGACGUUCUGCGUCGCAGCGACAAGAAGUUUGACCCAUUCUGUGACAGGAUAGACACAGUGGUGGCAAGCACACUGACCAUAAAGAUCUAUUCGGGACAGUUUCUGUCUGACAAGAGCGUGAAAACGGGAGUCGAGGUGGAGGUGAUUGGGCUGCCGGGAGACCCCAAGAAGAAAUAUCGCACCAAGUGGUCCACCACACCCAACGCCAUCAACCCAGUGUGGAACGAGGAGCCUUUUGUUUUUGAGAAGAUUCUGCUCCCAGAAAUGGCCUCUCUAAGAAUUGUAGUCCACGAGGAGAACGGUAAAUUCUUGGGACACAGGAUCAUCCCGCUUGAUGCCAUCCAAUCAGGUUUCCAUCACAUCUGCCUGCACAGUGAGAGCAACAUGGCGCUCACUCUGCCUGCUCUCUUUGUGUACAUCGAGGUCAAGGACUACAUCCCUGCUGCCUUCGCAGAUUUCACAGAUGCCUUAUUUAACCCAACAAAGGGAACAGAGAAGACCGCAAAGGCCCCAAAGGAGUCAUCCUCUGAUUACGUUUCUCCCUAUGAGAUGCCUCUUGCGGUCCAAACCCCCACGGACAAAGCUAAGGAAAGCGAGGCCCCUGCUGCAGAAAAUGCAGCACCCGAAGCUACACCGCUAGUUGACGACAAUGACCAAUCACCCCAGUCUCCACUAGAGGCAAGUGCAGAAGAAGCAAAAGAAGACACUCCACAACCUGCAGCAGAACCUCCUCAAACUCCUGACAACACUCCUGCUGAAGAUACAGCCCCAGACGCAGGAAAUGCCACACCUGAAGCCGUCCCCGAAGCCCUCCCCGAAGCCUCUCCUUCCACCGAGGAGGCAGCCCCUGAGGAGGCAGCAGCUCCAGAGCCAGCUCCUGAAACCAAAGAGGAGCCGGUGGACGACUCCAGUACAAACCCUGAGCCUGCUUCAGAUGAUAAACCAGGCACCGAAGCUGCCAGCGCUGCUGAAGAGCCUGCUGCUGUAGAGCCUGCUGCUGAAGAGCCUGCUGCGGUAGAGCCUGCUGCUGAAGAGCCUGCUGCGUUAGAGCCUGCUGCUGUAGAGCCUGCUGUUGUGCCCUUGCCCUGUCUAGCAAGUGCAUCACCCGAGUCUGCAGGAUCAGGUGACUCAUCUCAGCCGCCGACAUGCAGCGAAGAGCCUUCGACUGUGACUACUGAAGAACUGACACAGCACAAGAACUAUCUGAAGGUCAUCAAGCGUCAAGAGAGAGACAUGAAAGAGGCAGAGAAGAAGUAUCAGAAAAAAGGAGAGGAUCUUAUUCAGAAAUACUCCGACUCCUUCAAGGCCGUCAAGAAGAAGGCCUCGGUGAAGAAAAAAGAGGGAGGGAGAAACAACUCUGACUCCAGCGUGAAGACGGAGCGGGUGCAGGAGCAGAAGGAAAAAAUGCAAGUUGAGCUGCAAGCUCUGUGGACGGAGCAGUGUGACCAGAUGAAGAAAAAGAAAGAGCAGUGCGCUACAGAGAGACUGGCCAAACUGUUGGAGAUGGCCACAGAGAGACACACCAUUGAACUGAAGACCCUGGAGAGUGAAGCCAAAGAGAAUAAGAAGAAAACGCUCUCGAAACAGUCGUCCUCAGAGAAAGCAAAGCUGAAAAAGGCAAUGAGCAUAGAGGUGUUGGAUGAGCCGAGCCAGUCUGACGGUGCAUCUUCAGAUUACAGCCCGCAGCAAGAGGCUCUGAUGAAGAAACAGGCUGCUACACUGGAGGAGAUCAAGACCCUGACUCAUCAGCUCAAUCAGGAGGCCCUAAAGGAGCACGAUCAGAAGCUGAGGUCUCUGCCAGCAGAGGGGAAGGAGGCUGUCAACGUCUGUGUGGGGGCUCACUUUCCUGAACUGGUCGACCAGGCUGGAGACAAGAAGGUGGAGGGAGUGGGCUUCUAUGGAGAUGUCUUCCUGGGUUAGGUGUGCCUUUUUUAACACUCUUACAUCUUCUUUCAAUAACCUAAAGUCUUACCAUAACUAAAUAGUAGAAGAUUCAAUUAGCGCUGUGUGAAAUUUCAAUUUAGAGGUGCUAUUCAUAGAGAGAGCGCUUUUGAGAGCCAUAAUGAUGUUUUCGUGGAUGUCCUGUAGACCAAAAGUUUGAGCAAUUGGAAAUGAUUUUCAUUUUUCUUUUUAAUUCUAUUUUUUCUGUUGCUUUUCACCAACAAAAAAAUACCCUAAUACAGCGAAAAAAUAUCUUCCAGAUGAAAGCCCAUCACUAAACGGUUUAGUUUGGUACUCACAGUCUCCCUUCUGUUCUCUUAAUGAGUUCCAAAAUAGGAAUAAAUGUAGCAAGAAAAAUGGGUUAUCAGAGUCUGCCGGCUGAAUUGAGACAAUGACUCCAUCUGUCACACUUCGGCACAUGGUGUGUGAUACUCCAUGAAGCCACAGCAAACUCACUCUGAGAUUUCGGUGUUGCAGUUGUAAAGCAGGUUUUGCAGCAAAAAAAGCUACAUUUACUCAUUAAAGCUGCAGUGGGUAAAAUUGGCGAUAAAUAUGAUUUUAAAAAGUUGUUUUUAUAAAACGUUCGCUAUAUCCUGACACAAGACGU